UAAAUGUGGUAGGGCACUGAUGUCAUCCGGACGCGGUCGCGUCAUAACAUCAAGUCCACCGAAAGUGGAACAAAGGCCUACGAAAACGACGAGUAGUCGAAACGUCACUGAUGAUAAUGAAACGUUAUUGUACUGGAAAAGCAACAUCAACACAAUUUCAAGUAUGCCGAGGUGUCAAGGGGAGAGGACAAAAGACUACAUUUCUGACUAAUUUAUUUCUGCUUUUUUGUUUCUGUGUUGCAGCAUGGACGCUCGCAAGCGGUGGGAUAACGUUACUGACUCUUUAGCAAAUUCUAAACCGGCGGCUGAGAGUCGGUACAAGGUUGAGUGAGCAUGUUUUCUGAUGCGUUACCAUAUUCAGAGUUAUCGUUUGCAUCGACUUCAUUAUUUGUAAUAAGCAUAAUCACUUGC